AUGAUAAGUUCCAUUGCGCUACCUACAGAUAAAUCUUUUAGUGCUAAGAGAGAACAAAUGCUGUCGGAGUACACUAAUUCAAUUCAAAAAGGUCGCGAUACAUACAAUACUUCAUUUUGGGGAUCCGAAAUGUGGAAUCAUAACACUCCUGUAAGUGAAGAUUGCCUCUAUCUCAACAUUUGGACUCCUGCCGAAGCCUACAAUCUUACUGUGAUGGUAUGGUUAUUUGGUGGAGGCUAUUAUUCGGGUAGCCCGUCGUUGAUUCUUUACGACGGCAAGGCUCUUGCGCUGCUUGGCAACGUCAUCGUGGUGAAUGUGAAUUAUCGUGUAGGUCCAUUCGGCUACCUCUUUAUGGAUGACGAUGCUGCUCCGGGAAACGUCGGCAUGUUGGACCAAGUGAGUUGUGGGAAAGGCAAAUCAUUUGCCCUCUGAAU